UUUUUUUUUUUGUUGACAUAUCACUCUUCAAAGGGUUUGUCUCUGUUAUUGGAAAAAAAAUCCAUAAAUUAACUUAAAAUUAAAUUAACUAAUUAUAACCAACUCGGGACCAAUUACAAAUUUUAACAAACAAUCAACAAUUAUGGCUACUUUAGAAGAUAAAUUAAUGGGUGAAAAACUCGAAUACUAUUGCAGUAGUAGCGAAGGUGAAGAUAAUGACGACGAUUGCGAUGAUUCUGGCGAAAAACAAUCCAAAAGCGGUGGUGCUUCAUUAUCCCAAGCACCACCUGCACCACCAACACUCUCACAAAAUAUGACCCAUCGAGCUGCAACAAAUACUGGCCCAAAAGGUGUUGUCCAAGAUUGGCAAAUCUACAAACAAUUAGAAGCUCAAAAACGUGAAGAAAAUGAAAAACAACGUCUCGAAUUGAUGAAGAAAUUAAGCAUGUCGGCAGCAACUUCAGCUGAAGAUGAAGCUCGUAAAAGAGAAGAAGAAUUAGAAGCUGAAAUGGCUGAAUUGAUGAGUGAGGAUUUCCUUCAGCAAUUCCAAAAGAAACGAAUGGCUGAAAUGAUGCAACAAUGUGGUCAUUUGCAAAAAUUCGGCAAAGUUUUCCAUUUAACGUCUCACGAAGAGUUUUUAAAUGCUGUCGAAAAGGAGAACAAACAUAUUACGAUUAUUAUACACAUUUACGAUCGUUCAUUGUCGGCUUGUGCCACUUUAAACAAAUGCCUUGAUACUUUAGCCCAAGACUAUCAAAUAAUUAAGUUUGCAAAGAUUUGCAGUUCGGUGGCUGGAAUGAGUCGUGAUUUUAGGGCUAAAGGAUUGCCUGCUUUACUCGUCUAUAAGGCAAAUAAUUUAAUUGGAAAUUUUGUUCGAAUUACAGAUGAUUUGAGCGAUGAUUUCUUUCCGUCCGAUUUGGAGAGUUUUUUGGUGGAGAAUGGAAUGAUUGUUGAUAAGAAUUUGUAUAAUUGAAAGGUUCUUUGGUGUCAACAUCAAAAUUCUCAAGAUUUACUUAUAUAAAUUUUAUUUUUAAUUAUUUUAUGUUUUAGAUUAAGUAAGGUUGUAGUAUUAAAAAAAUUAUAAGGUCCAAUUUAUUCACACUCCAUUAAAAUUAAAGUCUCCAUAAAAACGGGAAGUUUUUUAAAUUUGUAUGUGAUUUGACAGAUUUUUAAUUUUAAUGGAGACUUUAAAUAUAAUGGAGAGUGAAUAAAUUAGGCCUUAAAUGUAUACCGUGUGCUGUGUGGCCGCAUUUUCAAAAAUAUAAAAAGUAUAUACACUCAACUAUAUUAUACAAACAAAUAAAAAAAAAACAAAAAUGUAACUUUUUACCAUGUGCGAUAAUGCAUCUUGUAGAAUGUCUUAUAAUUUAUUAUACAAGAGAACAAAUCGAACUUAAAUAAAAGCAGCAAAAUUGCACGAAAGCAAUACUGAA